CCAACUUCCGCAGUGACAUUUAUCCUCAAUCUCGUACUUAUCAGAUCGUGGACUAUCAGCCAGGUUGGGGGUAUUUUCAGAACGAAUCCCGGAUCACACCACAGCGCUCAGUGCUACUGUAACCUGAGAACAGGCUUGCUCAUCCAUUCUAGUCUGAAGAUAUGGCAGCAGAGGCGGCCGACAUAGCCUUUGUGUCUUUCGAGCGGUUCCUUAACGGCGAUGAUGCAGCUCAAAGGGUUGUCGCGAAUGAGAUAUACGACGCAUUCAGCACGGUCGGCUGGGUGUACAUCAAAGACCACGGCAUCCCACAGAGCAGGGUAGAUUCGAUCUUCGAGCUUGCAAAAACCUUCUUUGCAUUGCCGCUCGAGAAGAAAUGCUCCUGGCGGCUGAAAGAUGCGGAAGUGAACCAAGGCUAUACAGGCGAUGGCGACGAAGCAAAUGGCGGUAUCGACCACAAGGAAUGUUAUGAGCAUCGCCGCUACAACAAUGACUUGUGUCCGUCAGCUGCUGAACUACCCGGAUUUCGCGAUACCCUAGACGAGUUUUACAGUCAAUGUCUCACGUUGGGCCUCAAUGUCCUAAAAUGUCUUGCCAUGGCACUAGAUCUCGGUGAUAAUUUUUUUGAGAAUAUCACGAAAUCGGCAGAUCCUCAAUUGCGUCUUCUCCAUUAUCCGGCUAUCGAGAGGAAGAUUGUGGAACAGCAGGGCCACGCUCGCAUUAUCCCCCACACCGAUUUCGGAUUAUGCACGCUUUUGUUCCAAGACCAGAUCGGUGGACUCGAAGUUGAUCCAUUUCACAAGGGUGAAUUCAAGCCUGCGCUGCCUGUGCCUGGAACCGUUCUGAUAAAUAUCGCCGAUUUAAUGCAGCGUUUAACCAACGGUCGAUGCCGCAGCACUAUCCAUCGCGUGGUUAGUCCAAGGACCGCAGGCGAUAUCUUACCCGCGCGCUUCUCGAUACCGUUCUUCAUUCAUCCUGACCCGGAUGUCUUGAUUGAUCCGAUCACCAAGUCGCAGGAUGAGGUGAAAAAGUAUAAGGCUGUCAAUGCGGGGGAGUGGCGAAUCUACAACACGAAGAAGAACUAUACAGCCUUCAAGGAAUCAGCCCCUGAAGCCAUAACUGCUGCCUCUUGA